UAUUUAUUUAUUUAUUUUUCUGGUCAAAGAGAUUGCUUUCUCCGAUUGUUUUUGAAUCAUGGAAGGUUGCAAUGGUUCUUCCCUCCCCUCAAAGAGGGCUCAAUCACAAGCAAUCGACUCAGAAGGUCCAUAUCGGCUGCUUUCUUGUUCAAGCAAGGGCGACAAAGCUGGAGUGCUGCAGGAGUUAGAAAAAGGUGUGGAACCCAAUCUGGCCGAUUAUGAUAAGAGAACAGCUCUUCAUUUGGCAUCUUGUGAAGGGUGUACAGAGGUUGUGAUACUACUUCUUGAGAAAGGAGCAGAUGUGAAUUCUAUUGAUCGCUGGGGUCGCACUCCUCUGUCAGAUGCUCGUAGCUUUGGUCAUGAAGGUAUUUGCAAGAUUUUGGAAGCUCGAGGCGGAAUAGAUCCGGUAGGACUUGACUCCCAGACUGCAUGCUAUGAGAUUGAUUACUCUGAAGUGGACAUGGAUGAUGCAAUACUCAUUGGAGAAGGAUCAUAUGGUGAAGUUUACUUAGUCAAAUGGCGUGGUACAGAAGUAGCAGCAAAGACGAUCCGUUCCUCCAUUGCAUCAGAUCCAAGGGUGAGGAAUACCUUUCUGAAGGAACUGGGGCUGUGGCAAAAGUUGCGCCACCCUAAUAUAGUGCAGUUCCUUGGUGUUCUAAAGCACUCCGAUCGGUUGAUCUUCCUGACGGAGUACCUUCGCGAUGGAAGUUUGUAUGACAUCCUAAAACGGAAGGGAAGACUUGAUCAGGAAACAGCAGUUUCGUAUGCUUUAGAUAUUGCAAGGGGCAUGAAUUAUCUGCAUCAACACAAACCACGUGCUAUUAUACACCGGGAUUUGACACCAAGGAAUGUGUUACAAGAUGAGUCUGGACACCUAAAGGUUACAGACUUCGGCUUAAGCAAAAUUGCACAGGAAAAGGAUGACCAAGGUUACAUGAUGACUGGAGGAACAGGUUCAUAUCGUUACAUGGCACCUGAGGUAUAUCGUCGAGAAUCCUAUGGGAAAAGUGUUGAUGUCUUCUCCUUUGCCCUCAUAGUACAUGAGAUCUUCCAAGGGGGGCCAUCAAAUAGAACAGCACUCCCUGAGCAUGUUGCAGACAAGCGGGCAUUUGAAGAUGCUCGACCAUCUGUAUCCUCAUUUGUUUACCCUGAUCCAAUUAAGAUGCUUCUUCGAGAGUGUUGGCACAAGAAUCCUGAAAGUCGACCAACAUUUGAGGAGAUAAUAUCAAAGCUAGAGUCGAUCCAGGAGAGUUUCCAAAGUAAGAAAGACGCAGGUGGCUGUUGCUCCUGUUGCAUCUUAUAAAGAUUUACUGAACAGCAACACAUAUACAUCCCGACUCCAAUUUUCAUCAUACUGAAUGUGUGUUCUCCUUUUCACUCUGUAUUUGAUUUAUGCCUUCCCUUUUCACCAUGCACCUGUGUAUCUGCUGCUGCAUGUGAGGCCCUACAUAUCCUUGGGGAAGUCUUAUCUCCAGCUAUCAUGUAUAAAAGUCGUUUGGGGAAUUGUUAUGGACACUCUG